CUAUUUUAGCGAAUAUUUCUGACAGCACUGCCUGAUGCAAAGACCCAGCCACGUUGUGAAAGAUUUAUAAAGAUAGAAAAGCGUAUCUAAUAUAAAAUGGUUCUGGAUUUGGAUCUGUUUCGCGGAGACAAGGGCGGCAAUCCCGAUGCCGUGCGCGAUAACCAGAAGAAACGCUUCAAGGAUGUGGCGCUGGUGGACACCGUCAUCAACAAGGACUUGGAGUGGCGUCAAUGCCGGCACCAGGCCGACAACUUCAACAAGGUGAAGAACAUCUGCAGCAAGGUCAUCGGCGAGAAGAUGAAGAAGAAGGAGCCGGUGGGGGCCAUGAGCGAGGAUCCGCCAGCGGACAUCAACCUUUCGGAGAUCGUAGCCGAGACCCUGCAGCCUCUGACGGUGAGUCAGAUUAAGCAACUGCGUGUGCUUAUUGACGACGCCAUGGCGGUGAAUCAAAAGACACUCGAGCUGGCGGAACAGGCCAGAAACACGGCCCUCAGGGAGGUGGGCAACCACCUCCACGAGUCGGUGCCGGUGUCGAACGACGAGGAGGAGAACCGCGUGGAGAGGACCUUCGGCGAUUGUACGAAGCGCGGCAAAUACUCGCAUGUGGACCUUAUAGUGAUGAUUGACGGCAUGAACGCUGAGAAGGGAGCCGUGGUUUCGGGCGGUCGUGGCUAUUUCCUGACCGGAGCCGCUGUCUUUCUGGAGCAGGCACUCAUCCAGUACGCCCUGCAUUUGCUAUACGAACGAAACUACGUACCGCUCUACACGCCCUUCUUCAUGCGCAAGGAGGUCAUGCAGGAGGUAGCCCAGCUCUCACAGUUCGACGAGGAGCUCUACAAGGUGGUGGGCAAGGGCAGUGAGAAGGCCGAGGAAGUGGGCGUGGAUGAGAAGUACCUCAUUGCCACCUCUGAGCAGCCUAUUGCCGCCUACCACCGCGACGAGUGGCUACCAGAGGCUUCGCUUCCCAUUAAAUACGCUGGAUUGUCCACUUGCUUCAGGCAGGAGGUGGGUUCCCAUGGACGGGAUACGCGCGGCAUUUUCCGCGUGCAUCAGUUCGAGAAGGUGGAACAGUUCGUACUCACCUCGCCGCACGACAAUAAGUCCUGGGAAAUGAUGGACGAGAUGAUCGGCAAUGCCGAGCAGUUCUGCCAGACGCUGGGCAUUCCGUACCGCGUGGUGAACAUCGUUUCUGGAGCACUCAAUCAUGCCGCAUCCAAGAAGCUGGAUCUGGAGGCCUGGUUCGGCGGCAGCGGAGCCUACAGGGAGCUGGUCUCCUGCUCUAAUUGCCUGGAUUACCAGGCACGUCGCCUUCUGGUGCGUUAUGGCCAGACCAAGAAGAUGAACGGCGUGGACUACGUGCACAUGCUGAAUGCCACAAUGUGCGCUGCCACUCGCGUCAUUUGCGCCAUCUUGGAGACGCAUCAGACUGAGACGGGCAUCAAGGUGCCGGAGCCAUUGAAGAAGUACAUGCCGGCCAAGUUCCAAGAUGAGAUUCCGUUCGUCAAGCCAGCCCCUAUUGAUCUGGAGCUGGCUGCUGCCGCCGAAAAACAAAAGGGCAAGAAGGACAAGGCCAAGAAGGAUCCAGCUGCUGGCUAGAACUGAAGUCGUCCACUCAACUUAAAUUGCUAAACUAAGCUUGCAGUCCCAAAAUUCUUGUUACCUAUCCACUUAACUAAUAUUUAUGGCAUUUAUAUAAACUUUAUACAGAUUAAACU